GGGAAAAAAGAGGCCAUCCAUUCGCCCUCGGAACGGCAUUGGGCGGCCUCUGUCCGGGGACGAAGUGGAAAGCAGCGUGAAGAAUCUGAUUGUUGCUACUGGUGCAUUCUGUGGCGUGUUUUGCCGCUUCUUGGUGUAAUUGUUGUAACUUGACCCCUGGAGUACAUGGAGUAGGUGCAUCAGUGGACUACGCUGCCACACGUUAUUUUACUGUUUCCAAUCAAAACUCGGUUGCGUUCCGCAUCUGAGGGCAAUGAACAACCGAUACGUUGAUUACUUUUUGAUACUAUUAGCAUGCUUUCUUCUCUUCUUUUAUUUGCCAAUCCAGCUGGGCACAGAAAAUUCUGAGGCUCAUGAGCGAGCAUUCCAUGAUUUUCUUGAAACAUAUAACAAGUCAUAUGUAAAAGGCGGCCAGGAAUAUGAAAAGCGGCUGGCAGCAUUCAAGGAGAGCCUGGCGCGGGCGCGGCGGCUGAACGCAGCUGGCGCCGAUGACGCGCACUACGGGCCGAGCAAGUUUUCCGACCUGACGCCAGCAGAAUUCCGGCAGCGGCAGCUAACUACCGGAGCCUCCGGUGGCCGGCGGACACUUAUGACCGCGUGGCGCCGCCGGCCCUCAGCCCCGCUACGUCUGCCGGCCGGCCUGCCAGCCCGCGUUGACUGGCGGGACCGCGGUGUAGUGACACCGGUCAGGAACCAGGCCGACUGUGGCGCCUGCUGGGCCUUCAGCACGGUCGAGGUGCUCGAGACGAUGCAUGCACUCAAGACGGGUAACCUGACCCAGCUCAGCGUGCAGCAGGUGAUCGACUGCUCGUCCAACAACCUGGGCUGCACGGGCGGCGACGUGUGCUGGGCGCUGGACUGGAUGAGCGCGAACGGGAUCGUGCCGGAACUGCGCUACCCGCUGACCCUGCGUGACGACGCGUGUCGUUUGCAGAGCUCCGCUAGCGGCGUACUGCUCCGCGCGUACCAGUGUGACUCCAUGGUGGGGAACGAGGAGGGGAUGCUGCGACUGCUGGCCACGCGCGGACCGAUCGCAGUGGGGGCCGACGCCACCAGCUGGCAGGACUACGUGGGCGGCGUGAUCCGAUUCAACUGCGAGGGUGAGCUGAACCACGCCGUGCAAAUCGUGGGUUACGACACGACCGGUCCCGUACCGUUCUACAUCGUGCGCAACUCGUGGGGCGCCGACUUCGGUCUCGACGGCUACCUGCACGUGGCAGUAGGCAGCGACCUGUGCGGUCUGUCUGAGGAGGUGGGCUCCAUCACACUGUGAGGCUGGCCUUCUCGACGCCGGACCGUCCGGACCCAGCCGGUCCGCCUCGUCGCCAGCCUUGCAUGAACAGAUCGCCGGCCGGUGCUCUGCGCAGCCUCGGCUCCGGCCCCUGGCGUUGCGCGUGCGCGGGUCACGGGCCGGGUCAGCAGACCUUCCGUUCUGGCACGUCCAUUAUGGUGCUGAUUUACCUCGGUCGAGGUGAUCGUAUUGGAUCCACGGCCAAUGGAUCAGUGUGCGCCUUCCCAACGGUGUGUGUACUUUCAUUUGGGCUGGGCUCAAAUGAUGAGGGAUACACUUGUUUUUACUCGCAGACAUUGCGUCCGAAAGUGUGUGAUACUCAUACUUCUGCUAAGGCGUAUGUUUUGGAAAGGACUGGGAGAAAAAGUGAUACUCACAAAACUUAGAUUUCAGAAGAUUCUCGCUUGUUGAGGGGAGCGUCUCAUGCAUAUCUCAAGUGCCACUGGUGAAAGUGUUGUACCGCUGCUGUGUAUGUGUGCGCCGAGAUACACAUCCAAUACCGUAUCAUUAUUUCUAGAAAUGACUGGUUUAGCAUUGUUUAGUAUGUUGCAUUCUUGCCUAUCAUGUGCCUUCUGUAGCGUGUUUAUAGCGCGUACUUAGUGUUCAAUGUGGGUGAAUAUUAUAGAGGAAACCCCUAGAGAACGUCGGGCAUAGUUUAACAGAUUCUUUGUUUUGUCAUGUUUGAUAAAUUGGUGUACAGCUGGGACCAAGAUAUGCCUUGUGCAUCGCAAGGUUAAAAAUACCCUUUUAGAAGGCCGGGCGUGGUCCGUGGUGAGGCCUUAUGGGGGCUUAACCGAACACUUAAUAUAAGAGUGGCAUGCCAUACCUAGUCGAGCUUGAUAGUGUGGGCAACAAUAUUACUGGCUGUGAAUGUACUUUUGUGGUGCAGCUUCCCUUUCUGGCUCCUAUGGAAUAAGCGAACAGACAGUGUAUUUCAGUGUCGUGAUUCGCGUCUGGCGUGCUGUCCCGAUCGAAGUGCAGAACGACUGCGGUCCGUAAUUGCGGCAGUGGGGCCCGCUGUACUCUGCCUCCAGGUUUCGCUGUAAUUUGACCGCUCCACGUGGAGCUAGGUCAGUCGGGCUUAGUGAGCUGUAUGAAAUUAAAUAUAUCUAUGAA